GUUUCAUUAAGGGAGAGCCACCACUGCAGCGUGUGCACAGGGACAAACGAUAUGUUGUUUCGUUCUAGAUUUGGGUAGACUCGUGGACAUCUGGAAGCUUCCAUAGGCAUCAAUCUGGCACCUCGUGACACGCUGCAUCCUGCUAGUCAUCUCACCGAACCCUCAACCCAGUCAGCUCAUCGUCUCUUUCCCUCGAGAGGAUACCAUCGGUAUGGCCAAGUUUCAGUGGGAAGACCACAAACAAUUUAUUAGCCUCAUCAACAUGCUAUCCCUACGCAACGGCGGUCAGCUUGGACCGAACGACGAGGAAGCGGAUGAAGGAGUAGAGGUUGACGUUGAUAACCGCUGGAACCAACCCUUUGUUGGGGAUAGCAAAGAAGACGAACUCAAGCAGCACUUUCUGGACAGGUUUGCGGAGAUCAUGUCACGAAACAAGGGUGGAAAGCACGUUUGUUGUGUAGCAUUGCGCCAGUCAGGAGAUCGACGCCUCGAUGGGGACGUCAAGAUUUCCUUGUUGAUUGCUCGUAAUGUUGCUUUCAAGAAUCACGAUAAGAAGUUCUGUAGCACACUUCAGGAGCUGCUCGCUGCCAUCGGGGCGUCUGCGGAUGAUGAGAUUAGAGAUUUAUCCGAAGUCAAAAAGAAGCUUUGGGAGGAGUCAGUACACUAUAACCAACCUCGCAUCGAUCAUUAUGCAGAUAGCUUGCGCGACAACUUGAAAGCAUUCAAAAGUGCUGGAUCACUGGAUAGCAUCCCUCCCUAUAGCUCUGACCCUCAGUUUCCGCCAUACGGCAACUUUGAACCUACCACUUUCUGUGACGAUCCCGGUAUUGGCCCUUACUCGGCGGACACCCAUGACGCCUACAUGAGGUUUGCCCAGGAGCGUAUUCUCGAACUUGACAAUAUCCUUUGUACCAAAGGCAGAGCCUGGCGACGUCGGCUCGUGGAGCGGACUUACGCCAUUCGCCGCAUGAGAUCACUUCAGACACUUAUCAACUCUUGCUCAAAGACUUCCGUUAGGCAUAAGCUCUUCAGGGACAUCCUGUUUUUGGGCCGUUUAGAAUCUUGCCUUCAGUAUGUUCAUGGAAGCGGCACUGCAUAUACCGGGGUUGGCCCAACUAUCUAUUAUUCUCAUUGAGAACCUCCAACCUUGUUUCUCUUUCAUACGAAUUACCCCCUUUGGUGGAUGCGAUGCAACAUCUAGGUCAGCCUCUGAAUACGACCACUGUCAGGAAAUUUAUUAGCAAAGAGUGGAACGUCAUCAAGGCAGAACUGCGGUUCGAGCAGCUUCAGAGCAAGCUCUCUGGGAAACCUCUUCCUACUCACGCCGAAUUUCAGCUCAUCCUUUACAUCACCAAGACCGCGUAUAGUGAAAACAUCAGAGAGAUGUACCCAUAUAUCGGAUGCAGCAAGUUAUCGUGCCUCCUUUGUGCUGCUUUCAUCAAGCACUUUGCUCUGAAUGGCGUUGCAUUCAGAACGCGUGGGAGUCACGGAAAGAUCUACCCUCGGUGGUCUAUUCCGGACAUGGAUAGAUUGCAUGACGACAUGG